CGUUAGAGAAGUCUGUCGAGCUCAAUGCUUACGGACUUGCGCAGAAUGACAUAGACGGGCUAACAAAUAGCAACUGUGUCACGGUGUUAUAACGUUUUAAAGCAAUGGCUAUUUCGACAUACAGGCAAUGCGGGCAUAUAUAUUCUUUAUCCUCAGCGAAGAAUGACUAUGUCUGAACAUAGUCAUUCUGGUAUGUCUGAACUGACGGAGCAGCACAAUGUCAAUAGAACUGAGGCAAAAAAUGUUUUAUUUCUGUACGUUAUUUAAUUAUGUCAUUACUGUAUGUUUUUUAAAAAAAAAAAAAAAACAUAAUAGAGUUUAGCUUUCUUAAAAGUAUCCAUGCCAAGUGGCAUUUGAAGCCUGUGGUAAAUCAAGAUAAGUUGUUGUUUUGAAUGAACUUCAAGGGCGGUCGGGAGGCGUCGGCCCCUCCUCGAGCCGCCCGCGCUUUCCCCCGAUUGGCUGAGCCGGAGGAGAGGGUGGGGUGUCGCGUCCCGGGCGUUUCAACACCUGGUCGGUCCGUCCCCUCGCGUUCCCACUUGGAAAUCCGACGCGCCAUCCCCGUUGACCUCCACCUCUUGGCCCGGCUCAGUUCUUUGACCCGCUUCUCCUCUCUCCUCCCCUCGCGGUGGUUGGUAGAUCUUCGUUCCCGGUGAGAGGCGCUUCGUUUAACACUUUGUUGUGUGUGAUUUCCCCCCUUAAAACAAAGAACCCAAAAAAAGGAAGCUACCAAAGGCCAGCGUGUGUCAUGCGUCAUCUCGUGUAGUGCAGAGUUCAUCUUUUGUGGCAGAGAAGUUGAACCGCGUGUGCCGAUCAAGCACAAGUGACACAGUUGAAUGCGGACGGAAUCCUGUCAGCUUCGUAAUGAUUCAUUCCUGCUCAGUGUGUUCUGCUGCUGGUCUGCCUUUCGCCAUGCUUGCACACUUUGUGGGGGGCCCGCUUCAACUUGUAUCUCUAAUGCUGGACUACUAAUGAUACUACUCCUACUACUAAUUGCGGCCGACGCGGCGGCGAGCAGCGAGCUUCUUGUCGCGGACGACCCUGACUCGAGCCAAGAUUCCACCGUUUCCGAGGGCAUCGAAAUGGUGAAGGUGACCAUCGUGCUGGCGGUGACGCUGCUGCUGGUGGCGGCGGUGGCCAUAUUUGUGGGCGUGUACUUCGGGAAGACGCGCACGGGCGACCACGUGUACCUGCGGGCGGCCGUGGCGGCGGACGCCGGGCCGUGCUCCGUGGUCGGCAGCGACACGCUGAAGAAAGGAGGCUCGGCCGUGGAUGCUUUCAUCGCCGCCUUGCUGUGCGUGGGACUGAUGAACGCUCACAGUAUGGGCAUCGGGGGAGGGCUUUUCAUCACCAUCUACGACGCAACGAGCGGCACAGUGGAAACGAUCGACGCCCGCGAGACGGCGCCUCGCAACGCAACCGAGAACAUGUUUGGGAACAGCACUGAUUUGUCCCAGAAAGGAGGUUUAUCCAUCGCCGUCCCUGGAGAGAUUCGAGGUUACGAGCUGGCUCACAAGCGCCACGGAAAACUUCCUUGGAAGGAUUUGUUCCAGCCGAGCAUUGAUCUGGCGGAGGGAGGAUUUCCUUUAGGCAGGGCGCUCGCCUCUGCUCUGGCGCGACAUAAGGCGACCAUCAUCAAAGACACAGCCUUGUGCGGGGUGUUCUGCAGCGCCGGCGGCGGCGGCGAGGUCUUGAAAGAAAACGAUACCAUCAGGUUUCCCGAGCUUGCAAACACUUACAGGAGAAUAGCAGAAGGGGGCGCUGACGCCUUCUACCGUGGGGAAAUUGCAAAGACUCUGGUAGCAGAUAUUCAGGCUGCAGGCGGAAUCAUCACAAUGGAGGAUCUGAAGGAUUAUGCGCCCGUCUUGGAUGAGAAGCCUUUGAGCGUGAACGUGGGGGAGUACACCAUGUCGGUUCCCAACGCCCCCGCCAGCGGCCCUGUGCUCUCGCUGCUAUUAAACAUCUUGAAUGGGUAUAACUUGACGUCCGAGAGCGUGGCGAGCACCGAGAACAAGAUUCUGACGUACCAUCGCGUUACGGAAGCCUUUCGCUUCGCCUACGCAAAGAGGACCUUGCUGGGAGACCCCGCCUUCCUUAACAUCACAAAUCUCAUCGAGAACAUCACCUCGCUGUCCUACGCCGACGAGCUCCGAGCAAAGAUCACGGACUGGACGACUCAUAACAUGAGCUACUACGAGCCCGAGUUUUACCUCCCCGACAACCACGGCACCUCGCACCUCUCCGUGGUGGCGGAGGACGGCAGCGCCGUGGCGGCCACCAGCACCAUCAACCAAUUUUUGGGCUCCAAAGUCAUGUCGGCGUCAACGGGAAUCCUCCUCAACAACGAGAUGGACGACUUCAGCUCCCCGCUCAUCACAAAUGGUUUUGGAGUGCCUCCAUCGCCCAAUAACUUCAUCAGGCCAGGGAAAAGGCCCAUGUCCUCCAUGUGUCCAACCAUCCUCUUCGACAAAAACCGCCAAGUGAAGAUGGUGGUGGGCGGCUCCGGCGGCACGAAGAUCACUACCGCCAUUGCUCAGGUGAUCCUGAAGGCGCUGUUCUUCGACUACGACCUGAAGAAAGCGGUGUCCGACCCGAGGCUCCACAACCAGCUGAGUCCCAACGCCACUGUGGCCGAGCCCGACUUUGACAAACUUAUCAUGGAGGGUCUGGCGAAGAAGAACCACGUGAUGGAAUUUCUCAAGUCGUCCGGAGCCGUGGUGCAGGCGGUGGUCCGCUACGAGGACGGACUCCACGCUCAGUCGGACCCUCGCAAGUGGGCGUACGCCGCGGGCUAUUGAGCUCACCCGCAUGACGCCAACGUAAUCGGAGAUGAAGAUUCGAGACACUUGAGACGACUGCCGGUUGUCUUUUUUGCACCAAACGCUCUCCCGAUAAGUUUAUUUGAUUAAGUCUGUCAGGACCAGAAAAAUCGAACUUGCUCCUGGUGUGUCCGCUCGAUUCGGACGUCGCCUCAUUGUCCACGUGACUUUUAAAAGGAGCGACUGAAUAUUUCAAGCACAGCCUCUCUUUGACCUUUUACCGAUCAUAAAAGUGAACGAUUCCUUGCUAUUUAUGAAGGCCUUUUGUAAAUCAUUAGCGCUGUGAAGUCAUUGUUGCCCAUUAAAAUAUGUCAAAAAUGGUCAUAACCACACGAACGAUCCUUUUCCCCAUUGUCGAUCAAGGAAACGUAUUAUUCCGAUCCUCACUGUGCACUUUUGCACUUGGUGGAAGAAAGCAAGCCCUAAAUUGGGUGUGUGUAAAUGUUUCAUGUGAAGAUUCACAAAGCCCCCAAACUGAAUAAAGAUCACCCCCCCCCCCCCCCCCCCCCUCGCCGAGCAUCUUAGCAAUUAGCCAUCACGAAGACAAUGGAGUCUGGCUGUUUCAUGCCUCCAAGGCCCAAUUAAGCACCACCUCAGGUCCACGCACGCAUUGCUAAUUUGAAGAAAAAAGGUUGCUCUAAUAUUUUUUCCCAUGACUGUAUUCGUCUCAUGAAAUUAGAUUCAUUUACUGACAACAGUGUCUAAUCACUUAGGUCCUGUUUUCUUAUUAUUUGUAGAAUUUUUUUUUUGGUAGAUUUCUUUUGUUCAGACAAAAGAUUUUUUUUCUCUCCCCGGUAAAGUGAUAUUCUCUCAAAUCUCUUAAUUUAAGAGAUACAUUCUGUCUAAUCUCUUAAUUUCAUAGCAUUUAUCGGGUCUGCAUUCCUUCUACAACCCCAAUUCCAAUGAAGUCGGGACGUCGUGUUAAACAUAAAUAAAAACAAACCGAUAAACGUGAUUGUUUUUAGCAAAUCAUUAUUAGCUUAGAAAUUUAUGGCUGCAACACGUUCCAAAAAAGAUGGGUGAGGGUCACGUUUACCACUGUGUUACGUCACCUUUUCUUUUAACAACAUUCAAUAAACGUUUGGGAACUGGGGAUACUAAUUGUUGAAGCUUUGUCGGUGGAAUUCUUUCCCAUUCUUGCUCGGUGUACAGCUUCCGCCGUUCAACAGUCUGGGGUCUCCGUUGUCGUAUUUUACGCUUCAUAAUGCGCCACACAUUUUCAGCGGGAGACAGGUCUGGACUUGCAGGCAGGCCAGUCUGGUACCCGCACUCUUUUACUCCGAAGCCACGCUGUUGUAACACGUGCAGAAAGAACAUUUUGUUGAUGUUUAACACAACGUCCCAACUCCAUUGGAAUUGGGGUUGUACAAUGUCGAUGGUUUGUUGUCUUUUCAGGAAAUUAAGGAUGCAGACAAGCCCACGGUUUGAACAGUGAAUUAUUAUGCUAUAAAGACUAACAAUUACUUUUGUUACCGCUUUGGCUCCAUCUAAAGAGCCCAGGGGACAGGCUGCUGCCACUGGAAGUUUUUUUUUCAUUCCCCCUCUUUCUUCUGUUGUUCUUAACAUAUGGCUCGCCAGAAGCGGAACUGUUCCGUAUUUGUUUACGGGCUUAGCGUGUGGCUAAAAUGCAAGGCAGGUGUGCGCCUUGUCCCUUACUAUAAUUAAGGCAUGAAUCUAUCAUUAAUGCAUGAUCACUGCAUUGCCUUUAAAAAAAUUUAAAAAAAAAGGGGGGCAGGGCAGUUUUGUACCUAAUCCCUCUGCCAAUCACAAAGGGGGAAAAUAACAAAUUAAAUAUACUUCAGCUAAAUUAUGUGUAUCAUUAUUCAAAACGAACGGUGCCAAAAGAACAUUGAAAAA